AUGAGGGGACAGUGCAUGAGGACUGGCCAGGGCUUCCUGUCGGCCUUCUCAGUCACAGACAGAGGCAGUUUUGAAGACAUCUGUAAGUUUCAAAGACAGAUUCUCAGAGUAAAGGAUCGUGAUGAGUUCCCGAUUAUUUUAAUUGGUGAUAAAGCAGACCUGGAUCAUCAAAGACAGGUGACCCAGGAGGAAGGACAGCAGUUAGCACGGCAACUUGAAGUAACGUACAUGGAGGCAUCAGCCAAGAUUAGGAUGAAUGUGGAUCAAGCUUUUCAUGAACUCGUCCGGGUUUUAAGGAAAUUUCAAGAGCAAUAA